UACUAGUAAUACUAGGCUGGAGGGAAUCAUCAACAUGGACUAGCAGAUAUAAAUAUUGAAUUCGUAAAUGUGCCAUUUUGUCCCCUCCACCUUGGGAUUCGCCCAAACCUAGGAUACACAAGCUGCUACUUUCCUCCCAAACUGCCAUAACAAACUUAACAGCUCAACAGCUGACAUAGGACUUACAGUUUGUGAACUCAAACUUAGUCAGUGUUAGUCAAAAUGGCGACAAGGUCAGCCAAGGAGUCCGUUCAACCGGUGACCCGCGACGGGAGCCUGUCGUCCAGACCCAGCUUUUCAUCGUUCCUGACAAAUGUCGAGGAUGACGGAACCAUGACGUAUUUCUGGAGAGCUCAUUCCAUCACGGCUCUGAUCUUCCUGAUUGCAUCCUUGCUGUAUGUCUCGCUCUUUGAAGACCAAACUCAUGACGUGUCUUGGAAUGUUAAAAGGGGCAUCGUGGCUUGCGUGGUGGUGUUCUGUAUUUUCGGAAUGACUCAGGUCCGAGAUGGUCCCUUCAGACGGCCUCACCCUGCCUUUUGGAGACUGGUCGUCUGUCUCAGUGUCCUCUAUGAACUUGCCUUGGUCUUUCUUCUUUUUCAGACGGUGGACAAUGCUCGUCAGCUUAUGGCUUACUUGGAUCCAGAGUUGGGCAAGCCUCUUCCUGAGCAGUCUUACGCUGAAGACUGUCGGAUCUAUGAUCCUGACGGUCACCCGGAUGGACCUUGGCACAACCUGUGGGAAAAAAUGGAUAUCUUUGUUGUGGGUCAUCUUGUGGGCUGGUUCUUUAAGAUGUUGAUGAUCAGAGACUACUGGGUGUGCUGGGUCAUCAGUAUCAUGUUUGAAUUCUUGGAGUAUUCCUUGGAACAUCAACUGCCAAACUUUGCCGAGUGCUGGUGGGACCACUGGAUUCUUGAUGUUCUUGUCUGUAACGGUGCUGGAAUUUGGCUCGGGAUGAAAACUCUCAACUAUUUGAACAUAAAGACUUAUCAGUGGCGGGGUCUGUGGAAGAUAUCCACAUAUCGUGGUAAAUUGAAGCGUAUCUUCCUGCAGUUCACACCGUACAGCUGGACUCGAUUUGACUGGCAGCCGACGGCUAACCUAACCCACUGGCUGGCAGUGCUGGGCAUCAUAUCCAUGUAUUUAUUGGCGGAGCUGAACACGUUUUAUCUCAAGUACAUCCUGUGGAUUCCCCCACCACACCUACUCAACUGGCUACGUCUGGUUCUCUACGUUUUGGUUGGUUCCUGUGCGCUGAGGGAGUUGUUUCAGUACAUGAGUGACCCUGAGUGUAAGACGAUGGGUCAGCAGUCUUGGGUCAUGAGUGCCAUCAUCUUCACUGAGUUCCUCAUCGCUCUCAAGUUUGACCUGCCGCUCAUCCUGAAGCCGUUUCCUCGGUACAUCGCCAUCUGCUGGAUCCUGGGCAUCCUCGCUGUUGUCUCCUGGACCGUCUGGAACUUCUGCAUUCACCGCAUCUCCUUCCGUUUCUUGCACUGGACGAUGAAGAAACCAAAAAGCGGCAACAAGAAGGAGAAGGAAACCAUGGCAACCGAUGACGCUGAUGGUUGCGAGGUCGAUGAUCACGAGGUAUCAAAUAACAGCCAACCGGCAGUCAAAAAGCAAACGGAGCGUCCUUACAUGACUAGACUCCGAACACGAAAUAAUGAAAAUGCUUAAAUUUUGAAAUCGACAAUUAUGUCAUACGAGUGGGUUGCCUUACACAAAGUUUACGCACAGUGUUUUUCCCAACCGAAAAGAUAAUUUGUUUUGGUUGUUGAUUUUGCUGGAAUGUGUUGAAUAAAGUAUUUUAAAUACUGUACACUUUCACCCAUUGAUCAUUUUGCAGUAGAAAGUCAUCUUUUAGAGUAUAACUUUUGUAUGUACAUGUAUGCUUCGACUGAGGUUGCAUACGGUAAGCAUGUCCAUUUUCGAAUAAUUUAAUAUUUGAUUGUUGAACUGCGUUUGGCCGAAUAUUCUAAAGCUUGAAACUUUGCGUGCAGUGAUUGAUGGUAUGGGCCACUGGAAUGUUGUGCAGUAAGUAUACGGUCUAGGGCUUCAGCCUGCUAAAAGGAUGUCAACAAAAAAAGUUGCUGACGCUGUUGAAAAACAGCAAUCUGACAAUAAAGUGCCAUAACUUUACGAUUAAAAAAAAGUUACAGUCGUCUUUCGAAUAUGUGAACCAGUAAAAAGUUAUUCAAAUAUUUGGUUGAUGACCGCAUAUUCUGGACAGCCCAGCAUAUAGUUGCAGAGAAUCAGUGGUUUUCUUGUACCACAUGUCUUGUCUUGUAUCACAUAACUCGGCACUCUUAGUUUUGAGAAUCUAAAAUUUGGUAUUAAUAACAAUACAGGCUGUCCUUUAAGACACAAAUCGUCUUAUCUUGGAAUUUCAGAACAACAAACAAAUCCAAAGUUCUUUUCUUAUUGUAAUGGUGCAUUUUCCUGAUUACGACAGGUUUUCCGUCCAACUUUUGAGACUUGCCAUUAUAUGUUUCUAAAGAAAUGACUGCAAGUCAGGAAAGAUUGCACAUAAAUUCCACUUACAUGUAGCAGAGAAUGACAUGUUGAAGCUUAGAAGAUGAAAUUCACAUCAAGGUGUUGUAAAUUUGAUAUGAGGUUUUGCCCGGUUGAAGUUUAUUUGUGACGUGCUCAUGUUGGACUUUAUUUUAAGCUGUAUGAAAGUGUUAGAGGCGCGAUCGGUUGAUGUGCGGGAUCAAGACAUUAUUGGUCGAUUGCACUGCCACCAGUCGAAUGCCUUUUCUUUCUACUUCAUGGCCCUGUAGGAUUUUUUUAACACGGUUAGUAAAGUCAGAGAUAUCCUACAGAGUGGACCGAUAGUGCAGCAUGAUCAACCGAUAGCACAGCGUGAUCGAACGAUAACACAGUAGUGUGAUUAACCGACUUCGCAUAUUGACUGAUCGUCCCCAACAAAAGAGAAGGGAGUGUGAUUUUUUAUUUUUGAAAUUUGGGAAUAAUUAUCGAUUGAGGCAGUUAAUUUGACUACUGUGGUUUUUUUUAUAUCGUUGUUUGUUUUUGUAGACUCUAGCUUAUUAAUGUUUAUUUAUUUUUUGUUCUUGAUUGCGUUUGUUUUGUUUGCAGAUUUAGUUAUGUAAAAUGCAGCUUUUGUUCACAUAAAUUGAUUGAAUUUGAUUAUAAAUCAAAGAUUUCUAAUUUGUUUUUGUUUCAUUAUACUUUUACUUCUUGCGAAUCAUAUGAUGAUAUCUUAAAGGUCAAUAUUCAUACUAACAGACUUGCAUUAAUUCAUUUGACAAUAUUUAGGUGGAUUGGUUGUGUAGACGUUUUUGAAAUAUUUUUAUUCCAUCAAAUGUCAGUGAUAGAACACUGAAAAUGCCCAUUUUAUAUAAAGAACUAAUAUUGCCUGAUUGUUUGAAAUGUACAUUUAAAAUGGCUUUGAAAGGGAAAGGUGUAAUAAUUAAAUAAUUAACGCUAAGAAAGCUUCGUUAACUCUUUUGACAUUGUGUACGUGGAUUGUUAAUUUAAAUAAUUGGGAGCUGUUUUAUUUGUUUAUAUUAACUUGUAAAAUUCAUUAAGUGUUGUAUUAUAUGUUUUGGGAAAGAUCUAUUUUAAUCACUAAUAAUCAGUAAUGUUAAUUUUUAAACGAUAGAAAUCAAAAACUUGACAAACUCUUACGCUGCGUAUCAUAUUUAAAAUAUAAAUUGAUUUUGUUUUCCAUAUUAAGCGUUGAGCAAAAAACAGUACUGUUCAAAAAUUCUUGAGACGUUGGGAAAGGUAAAGGCCUGAAAUCUUGUCGUUAAUUUAAGCUUUAAGUGAUGUCUAAAAUUUGCAGGAGUAUUCAAAAUUGUUUUACAUUUUGUGCCAACAAGUUUUUUUUAAUGUUUAUGUGUGGGUUCAUGGGCUCUUGGCAUAACUAUCACGGAAUAGUUUAUUUUCAUACCUGCUUAAAACUAAAAAUAUUGAAGAGUGUUGUUUAGUUGUUAAAUUAAAUAACAUAGUUUACAGUGGAAACAUUAGCACCAAAUGUAAAUGUAUGUUGAGCUCAUGCAUGACCUUGUGUUCCUGAGCAAGCUGUUUUACCACAAUUAAUCAAUUAUGUUCUCUUAUAGUGAUGUAAAAUGUAAUGUUAAAGGAUGUAUCUGAUGUACUAACAUAACUGAAAUUUCGUGUGUUAUAUGACCCAAAAAAAGCUAUUCAAAUGACACCAUUAAUUGUGACUAGUA